AUGACCGAGAAGGAAGACAGCAGGGACAACAGCGAACUCGUACUCACCCUGGCAGAUUCCAGUCGACGGCACAAUGACUUUUACGUUGUCCAAUAUGACAUGAAAGAUGUUGAUACUAAGAAAGCCAAGAGCGAUGUACUCCAGAUCCUGGACGACACCAGAGCUGUCGGUCUGCAAUCUGCAGUGCGGAUAGGUGCCGGCUCGACACUUCUCAUUGUGGUCUGGGCACCGACCAAAGUGUUGGGAAAGGCUAUACAUCGCUCAAGGAUAAAGGAAUGGCUGUUUGGCAUCAUAGAUGAUCGUCCCAAUGGAGAUUACAACACCAUUGCUAAGGCCGAGACAGAUACCGAAAGCCUUCGAUCUGUCUACCACCUCCUAACAUGGGACAAGUCUCUGGGCGGUGCAGGCAUCAUGGCUGGUCGCGGACCAUGGCAGCAUGUCGAAGCUACGGCCUUCUACUUCGCAUUCAUGCAGGCAUAUAUCAUUGCUCUGAUGUUUCCUGCUGUGACCGGGGUGUUGGCAUGGUUGUUCCUACACCGACUAUCGAUGACAUAUGCCAUAACUUCGACCAUAUGGUGUAUUGUCUUCCUCGAAUAUUGGAGGCUAGAAGAAAUCAGUCUGAGUCUGCGCUGGAAGACACGAGGUGUUGGCAGUCUCAAGGUCAGCCGCCCCGAGUACCACUGCGAAAAGACUAUAACAGACCCAAUUACUGGAGAGAAGCACGACUACUACCCAAAGCACAAACAGGUCCUCCGCCAACUCCUAUCUAUUCCUUUCGCGAUGGCCGCCCUACUGGUGCUCGGAACUCUGACCACCGGCGUGUUUGGCAUCGAGCUCUUCCUCUCGCACGUCUAUGCUGGCCUGUACAAAUCGUACCUCGAGUAUCUCCCCACGGUCCUCUUGGCGCUCUGUCUACCAUAUAUCCGUGACUGGAUGGAAGUCUUCGCCGUCAAGCUGACCGCGUACGAGAACUGGCGUACCCAGGACCGCUACGAGAUGAGCCUGACCUUGAAGGUCUUCGUGCUGAACUUCAUUACGUCUUACCUGCCGAUCUUGCUGAGCGCGUUCGUAUACAUACCUUUCGGCGAUAACAUUCUAUCCGGCAUCCGCACGUGGCUGCAAUCUACGACCGGCUGGAAGGACGCACUGGCUGCAGAUAUCCACGUUGAUACGUCACGUCUGCGGUCCGAGGUCAUCGCACUCACAGUAACGGAUCAGAUCUCUGGAUUUGGCGAGGAGUUGAUCCUUCCGGCGCUGAAGUUGCGUGCAGCGCAGUGGUAUGGCAACUGGAAGGGCAAGAACAAGGGGUACAAUUACAGUUCCGCGUCUGGCAGCUACGUUGCUGAGAAGGAGGUCAAGUUCUUGAACCAGAUCAGAGAUGAGGCGGAAAGGGAGCCUUACAAUGUACAUGAGGACAUUCAGCAGAUGGUGACACAGUCCGCGCUUACACUCAAGCAUGAAGCAUGGAGCCCGUACACUGACAAGAAGAACAGAUUCGGCUACCUCGCCCUCUUCUCACCCGUCUGGCCACUCGUCCCCGUCGGCUUCCUGCUGAACAACUGGAUCGAACUCCGAAGCGACCUGCUCAAGAUCAGUAUUGACCAUCAACGGCCUCAUCCCAUCCGCACGGACGGCAUCGGUGCUUGGUUGGACAGCUUGGAGUUCCUGACGUGGCUAGGAAGCAUUGUCACGGCUGCGAUCGUGCAUUUGUUCCACGAUGUGGAAAGGCUGCAGGAGGCGAGGACGUGGUGGAUGUUGCCAAUUGUGGUGUUUGGCGCGGAGCAUGUUUAUUUGGGCGUUCAGUACGCCGUCAGAAUUGCCAUGGAGCAGAUCGGCAGCGUCGAGCUCCGGGCAAAGAAGUUGCAUGAGUACGCAAAUCGUAAGGAAGCGCUAAAGGAGUAUGGCAUGAACGAGGACAAUGUCGAGUGCGCUGGCGUGGGAGUCAAGGAGAACCGAGACGAGGCGAGGGACGAGCACAGCAAGCUGGCGGAGAAGGCCCCGGAACGCUUGAAGGAUAUCGAGGGCAUGAUUGAUUAUCUGAAGGCGGACAGCGGUGCACAAAAGAAGAAGUGA